AAAACCCUCGAUAAGUGCGGAUACGUUGCAUCCGAUCCAAGAAUGCGCGUCGUUCUUAUUGAUUAGCAACGCUGAAAGGAAGUGAACUUCCUGUUUCGGCAGACCGACCUCCGAAAACCAUCCGAGCCAACCCCAAUAUUCUCAAACAAGUUCGGACAGGAUCUAUCGCGGCGUGAACAUGAAUCUGAACGGCACCAACCGGCCACCAAAUGGCAAGGACACGAACAAAAGAUUCUCCAUCCACGAUGCCUUCGAGGAGGAAACGGACGAGGUGAUCAAGGUGUACGGCUCCACCGUCAUUAGCACGCCGAUGCGUGCCAAAGCCCGCUCGCCGGACGAUGUUUCGAUCAGAAUUCACGAUCAAAGCAGAAACCUAAAGUACACCGAUGAUACCACCUCCUCCAGGGAUAGCGACUCGCUGAUACAGGAAUACGGUCACCUUUCGGCCAGCGACACCUACACCUACUGCUGGCGGCACCCGAAGGUGCGGGAAAACUGGCGCACGGUGCUGGCGGCGACCGCACUUCUCAUCAUCGGAACCGGCCUGAUAGCGAUGGGCGCUUACGCGCUAGCGGAACCACACAACGGUUCACAGGCGGCCGUGUUCUUCGUCGCCGGCUUCAUCUGUUUCGUGCCGGGUGCGUACCACGUCGUGUACAUCUGGCUGGCGGCCCGCGGCUACCGGGGAUUCGAUUUUUAUCAUCUGCCGCUGUUUACGUAAAGAAGAACAAAGGACACUACGACGUGCGACAUUGAAGGGACACUGUGAUCAUCGGUCAAAUCGUUAGUCACGAUCAGUGCUGGGCACGAUCGGCUUGGCGUCCACGUUGCGCGUUGCGUUGCUUGUAUCGAACCGCAUUCCUCCGAGACACUACUCCGAGUUGCGGUGGCAGAGCUUUCUUUAAGAGAUUCAUCACGCUUGCACGACAGAAAACAGGCCCCAACAGGCUCCGGUUUUGCUAGGGCUCGCGAUCGUCUUCCUUUCACGGUAUUCGUCUGUGAACAAAAUUGCCUACAUUAUGCGAUAAAACAACAGCAGCAAAGGGAGCCCGGUUUGGGAUGAUCCAGUUUGAUAGCAGCAGCAGGAUGAGCAAUUCGUAAAUAGAACCCAUAUGCUGUGUGCCAUUGUUUUCGAACACACAUUCUCCACUGUACCAGCAGCAUCCGCAAGCCUUGAGGAGUCGCCGGAACGUAACCAGGCGUUCGCUUUUAUCUGUAAGCAAAAGAACCAAUCCCCCGGAGCCCGGGUACAGUAACAUGUGUUUUGGGAAAUGUUUUCAAAAUCAAGUUUUGUACUCCACUACAAUGGGUAUUACGCGACCGUAUUAUGUAAAAUGUAAAGCAAACAUUAGCAAACCCCGUUAACGCAAUUAUACCACCAUUUUCUGUCUUGCUCUCUGCACGCCAGAAUGGUGAACGAACAUACGACAUAAAAGUGGUAGACAUAAGCUUUAGCAUAAGGAGAGGACGGAACGAUGAGGACGCCGAACGCAGGGUCUCGUGGAGACGAUGCUUUAAGGGCCCGGCUAAACAGCCGUCAGGGGAACGUGAACCAACUUUUAUUGGACUUUUUGAGAAAAGCAAUUACGCAAUCGGUUAGGGUAUAAAAUAUCUCACGCGACUGUAGUGAAGCUUAGCGCGAGCAACAGCACCCGUAAUUGGUUCGCGGAGCCCCCUCGGUAGUUAGACCAUUCAAUGCGCGGAUCCGUCUCGUGCUUUCCUAUGAAGUUGCCUCACGUUACGGGUUUGUAAUGUAGCGUUAACGUGCAUCGGAAAGGUCGAGAAGUGGCCACUACGAACAUACGCAUUGUACUAAUUAUCAUCUCGCGCCUGCGACUGGCCAGUUUCAGCAAUUACACCUGUGCGUUCGCUUCGCCGUCCUUGUGAUAGACUAAUGAAAGUGACGAAGAAGAGAAGUAGCAAACAGCGUGAAGCAGUACGACACGCAGUUCCUUUGCAGCUCAACUCUCACAACGCAGUGCACUUCUCGUUUGUGACACUCGAAAUUUGAACCGGAAUUUGAAUUUGUUAAUAGAUGACCCUUCGUAAGAGUAAGGCGCUGGGUAAGGCGGUGUGGUCAGUUUAGGUUAGAACCGUGGAAAACAAAAGAAACGAAAUUGACUGAGCUUUAACUGAAAUUGUGGGGGGGAAAUUCGGCACUCGGUGUGGUUAGAGUCUAAUCGUCCAUUGGAGGCCAGGCAUCAGAGGGUAGCGCCACCAGUAAAUAAUAACUUUCAUUGUAUACUUUACAUAAUGCACUGUGUAAAAGUAGCAAAACGAAUAAUACAUUAAACGUAACGAUGUUGCAGGGACGGACGAAUGCAUCAUGAUAGAGAAUACUCACCUCUUAGGACAGCGACUUUUAAAACAUGGAAUCCAUCUUUGCUCUCGACAAAGAUAUGAAGUACCGCUGAAUCGGAACCAAUGGGAAAAUGAAGUGGCGAAUGGCGAAUAAAAUCACAUCUUUUUUCGGUUGGCUUUGUAAUACGGUAGUACGCGCCCUGUAC